AUGAACGGCUGCGCAGGAACGGCUGCGCAGGAACGGCUGCGCAGGAACGGCUGCGCAGGAACGGCUGCGCAGGAACGGCUGCGCAGGAACGGCUGCGCAGGAACGGCUGCGCAGGAACGGCUGCGCAGGAACGGCUGCGCAGGAACGGCUGCGCAGGAACGGCUGCGCAGGAACGGCUGCGAACGGCUGCGCAGGAACGGCUGCGCAGGAACGGCUGCGCAGAAACGGCUGCGCAGAAACGGCUGCGCAGAAACGGCUGCGCCGAAACGGCUGCGCCGAAACGGCUGCGCCGAAACGGCUGCGCCGAAACGGCUGCGCCGAAACGGCUGCGCUAAACGGCUGCGCCGAAACGGCUGCGCAGAAACGGCUGCGCCGAAACGGCUGAGCCGAAACGGCUGCGCAGAAACGGCUGCGACGAAACGGCUGCGCAGAAACGGCUGCGCAGAAACGGCUGCGCCGAAACAGCUGCGCCGAAACAGCUGCGCAGAAACAGCUGCGCAGAAACAGCUGCGCAGAAACAGCUGCGCAGAAACAGCUAGGCAGAAACAGCUGCGCAGAAACAGCUGCGCAGAAACAGCUGCGCAGAAACAGCUGCGCAGAAGCAGCUGCGCAGAAACAGCUGCGCAGAAACAGCUGCGCAGAAGCAGCUGCGCAGAAGCAGCUGCGCAGAAGCAGCUGCGCAGAAGCAGCUGCGCAGAAGCAGCUGCGCAGAAGCAGCUGCGCAGAAGCAGCUGCGCAGGAACAGCUGCGCAGGAACAGCUGCGCAGGAACAGCUGCGCAGAAGCAGCUGCGCAGGAACAGCUGCGCAGAAGCAGCUGCGCAGAAACAGCUGCGCAGGAACAGCUGCGCAGGAACAGCUGCGCAGGAACAGCUGCGCAGGAACGGCUGCGCAGGAACGGCUGCGCAGGAACGGCUGCGCAGAAACGGCUGCGCAGGAACGGCUGCGCAGGAACGGCUGCGCAGGAACGGCUGCGCAGGAACGGCUGCGCAGAAACGGCUGCGCAGAAACGGCUGCGCAGAAACGGCUGCGCCGAAACGGCUGCGCCGAAACGGCUGCGCCGAAACGGCUGCGCCGAAACGGCUGCGCAGAAAAGGCUGCGCAGAAACGGCUGCAAGCAGCUGCGCAGAAGCAGCUGCGCAGGAACAGCUGCGCAGGAACAGCUGCGCAGAAACAGCUGCGCAGGAACAGCUAGGCAGAAACAGCUGCGCAGAAACAGCUGCGCAGAAACAGCUGCGCAGAAGCAGCUGCGCAGAAACAGCUGCGCAGAAGCAGCUGCGCAGAAGCAGCUGCGCAGAAGCAGCUGCGCAGAAGCAGCUGCGCAGAAGCAGCUGCGCAGAAGCAGCUGCGCAGGAACAGCUGCGCAGGAACAGCUGCGCAGGAACAGCUGCGCAGAAGCAGCUGCGCAGGAACAGCUGCGCAGUAGCAGCUGCGCAGAAACAGCUGCGCAGGAACAGCUGCGCAGGAACAGCUGCGCAGAAACAGCUGCGCAGGAACAGCUAGGCAGAAACAGCUGUGCAGAAACAGCUGCGCAGAAACAGCUGCGCAGAAGCAGCUGCGCAGAAACAGCUGCGCAGAAGCAGCUGCGCAGAAGCAGCUGCGCAGAAGCAGCUGCGCAGAAGCAGCUGCGCAGAAGCAGCUGCGCAGAAGCAGCUGCGCAGGAACAGCUGCGCAGGAACAGCUGCGCAGAAGCAGCUGCGCAGGAACAGCUGCGCAGAAGCAGCUGCGCAGGAACAGCUGAGCAGGAACAGCUGCGCAGGAACAGCUGCGCAGGAACAGCUGCGCAGGAGCAGCUGCGCAGGAACAGCUGCGCAGGAACAGCUGCGCAGAAACGGCUGCGCAGGAACGGCUGCGCAGGAACGGCUGCGCAGAAACGGCUGCGCAGAAACGGCUGCGCCGAAACGGCUGCGCCGAAACGGCUGCGCCGAAACGGCUGCGCAGAAACGGCUGCGCAGAAACGGCUGCGCCGAAACGGCUGCGCAGAAACGGCUGCGCAGAAACGGCUGCGCCGAAACAGCUGCGCCGAAACAGCUGCGCAGAAACAGCUGCGCAGAAGCAGCUGCGCAGAAGCAGCUGCGCAGAAGCAGCUGCGCAGGAACAGCUGCGCAGGAACAGCUGCGCAGGAACAGCUGCGCAGGAACAGCUGCGCAGAAACGGCUGCGCAGGAACGGCUGCGCAGGAACGGCUGCGCAGGAACGGCUGCGCAGGAACGGCUGCGCAGGAACGGCUGCGCAGGAACGGCUGCGCAGAAACGGCUGCGCAGGAACGGAUGCGCAGGAACGGCAGCGCAGGAACGGCUGCGCAGGAACGGCUGCGCAGGAACGGCUGCGCAGGAACGGCUGCGCAGGAACGGCUGCGCAGGAACGGCUGCGCAGGAACGGCUGCGCAGGAACGGCUGCGCAGAAACGGCUGCGCAGAACGGCUGCGCAGAAGCGGCUGCGCAGAAGCGGCUGCGCAGAAGCGGCUGCGCAGAAGCGGCUGCGCAGAAACGGCUGCGCAGAAGCGGCUGCGCAGACGCGGCUGCGCAGAAGCGGCUGCGCAGAAGCGGCUGCGCAGAAGCGGCAGCGCAGAAGCGGCUGCGCAGAAGCGGCUGCGCAGAAGCGGCUGCGCAGAAGCGGCUGCGCAGAAGCGGCUGCGCAGAAGCCGCUGCGCAGAAGCGGCUGCGCAGAAGCGGCUGCGCAGAAGCGGCUGCGCAGAAGCGGCUGCGCAGAAGCGGCUGCGCAGAAGCGGCUGCGCAGAAGCGGCUGCGCAGAAGCGGCUGCGCAGAAGCGGCUGCGCAGAAGCGGCUGCGCAGAAGCGGCUGCGCAGAAACGGCUGCGCAGAAACGGCUGCGCAUAAGCGGCUGCGCAGAGACGGCUGCGCAGAGACGGCUGCGCAGAGACGGCUGCGCAGAGACGGCUGCGCAGAGACGGCUGCGCAGAGACGGCUGCGCAGAAACGGCUGCGCAUAAACGGCUGCGCAUAAACGGCUGCGCAGGAACGGCUGCGCAGGAACGGCUGCGCAGGAACGGCUGCGCAGGAACGGCUGCGCAGGAACGGCUGCGCAGGAACGGCUGCGCAGGAACGGCUGCGCAGGAACGGCUGCGCAGGAACGGCUGCGCAGGAACGGCUGCGCAGGAACGGCUGCGCAGGAACGGCUGCGCAGGAACGGCUGCGCAGGAACGGCUGCGCAGGAACGGCUGCGCAGGAACGGCUGCGCAGGAACGGCUGCGCAGGAACGGCUGCGCAGGAACGGCUGCUCAGGAACGGCUGCUCAGGAACGGCUGCGCAGGAACGGCUGCGCAGGAACGGCUGCGCAUGAACGGCUGCAAACGGCUGCGCCGAAACGGCUGCGCCGAAACGGCUGCGCCGAAACGGCUGCGCCGAAACGGCUGCGCUAAACGGCUGCGCCGAAACGGCUGCGCAGAAACGGCUGCGCCGAAACGGCUGAGCCGAAACGGCUGCGCAGAAACGGCUGCGACGAAACGGCUGCGCCGAAACGGCUGCGCCGAAACGGCUGCGCCGAAACGGCUGCGCAGAAACGGCUGCGCAGAAACUGCUGCGCCGAAACAGCUGCGCCGAAACAGCUGCGCAGAAACAGCUGCGCAGAAACAGCUGCGCAGAAACAGCUGCGCAGAAACAGCUAGGCAGAAACAGCUGCGCAGAAACAGCUGCGCAGAAACAGCUGCGCAGAAGCAGCUGCGCAGAAACAGCUGCGCAGAAACAGCUGCGCAGAAGCAGCUGCGCAGAAGCAGCUGCGCAGGAACAGCUGCGCAGGAACAGCUGCGCAGGAACACCUGCGCAGGAACGGCUGCGCAGGAACGGCUGCGCAGGAACGGCUGCGCAGGAACGGCUGCGCAGCAACGGCUGCGCAGGAACGGCUGCGCAGGAACGGCUGCGCAGAAACGGCUGCGCAGAAACGGCUGCGCAGAAACGGCUGCGCAGAAACGGCUGAGCAGAAACGGCUGCGCAGAAGCGGCUGCGCAGAAGCGGCUGCGCAGAAGCGGCUGCGCAGAAGCGGCUGCGCAGAAGCGGCUGCGCAGAAGCGGCUGCGCAGAAGCGGCUGCGCAGAAGCGGCUGCGCAGAUGCGGCAGCGCAGAAGCGGCUGCGCAGAAGCGGCUGCGCAGAAGCGGCUGCGCAGAAGCGGCUGCGCAGAAGCGGCUGCGCAGAAGCGGCUGCGCAGAAGCGGCUGCGCAGAAACGGCUGCGCAGAAACGGCUGCGCAGAAACGGCUGCGCAGAAACGGCUGCGCAUAAACGGCUGCAAGCGGCUGCGCAGAAGCGGCUGCGCAGAAACGGCUGCGCAGGAACGGCUGCGCAGGAACGGCUGCGCAGAAACGGCUGCGCAGGAACGGCUGCGCAGGAACGGCUGCGCAGGAACGGCUGCGCAGGAACAGCUGCGCAGGAACAGCUGCGCAGAAACAGCUGCGCAGGAACAGCUGCGCAGGAACAGCUGCGCAGGAACGGCUGCGCAGAAACGGCUGCGCAGAAACGGCUGCGCAGAAACGGCUGCGCCGAAACGGCUGCGCCGAAACGGCUGCGCCGAAACGGCUGCGCCGAAACGGCUGCGCAGAAACGGCUGCGCCGAAACGGCUGCGCCGAAACGGCUGCGCAGAAACGGCUGCGCCGAAACGGCUGCGCCGAAACAGCUGCGCCGAAACAGCUGCGCCGAAACAGCUGCGCCGAAACAGCUGCGCAGGAACAGCUGCGCAGAAACAGCUGCGCAGAAACAGCUGCGCAGAAACAGCUGCGCAGGAACAGCUGCGCAGAAACAGCGGCGCAGAAGCAGCUGCGCAGAAGCAGCUGCGCAGAAGCAGCUGCGCAGAAACAGCUGCGCAGAAGCAGCUGCGCAGAAGCAGCUGCGCAGAAACAGCUGCGCAGAAGCAGCUGCGCAGAAGCAGCUGCGCAGAAGCAGCUGCGCAGAAGCAGCUGCGCAGAAGCAGCUGCGCAGGAACAGCUGCGCAGAAGCAGCUGCGCAGGAACAGCUGCGCAGGAACAGCUGCGCAGGAACAGCUGCGCAGGAGCAGCUGCGCAGGAACAGCUGCGCAGGAACAGCUGCGCAGAAACGGCUGCGCAGGAACGGCUGCGCAGGAACGGCUGCGCAGAAACGGCUGCGCAGAAACGGCUGCGCCGAAACGGCUGCGCCGAAACGGCUGCGCCGAAACGGCUGCGCAGAAACGGCUGCGCAGAAACGGCUGCGCCGAAACGGCUGCGCAGAAACGGCUGCGCAGAAACAGCUGCGCCGAAACAGCUGCGCCGAAACAGCUGCGCAGAAACAGCUGCGCAGAAGCAGCUGCGCAGAAGCAGCUGCGCAGAAGCAGCUGCGCAGGAACAGCUGCGCAGGAACAGCUGCGCAGGAACAGCUGCGCAGGAACGGCUGCGCAGAAACGGCUGCGCAGGAACGGCUGCGCAGGAACGGCUGCGCAGGAACGGCUGCGCAGGAACGGCUGCGCAGGAACGGCUGCGCAGGAACGGCUGCGCAGAAACGGCUGCGCAGGAACGGAUGCGCAGGAACGGCAGCGCAGGAACGGCUGCGCAGGAACGGCUGCGCAGGAACGGCUGCGCAGGAACGGCUGCGCAGGAACGGCUGCGCAGGAACGGCUGCGCAGGAACGGCUGCGCAGGAACGGCUGCGCAGAAACGGCUGCGCAGAACGGCUGCGCAGAAACGGCUGCGCAGGAACGGCUGCGCAGAAGCGGCUGCGCAGAAGCGGCUGCGCAGAAGCGGCUGCGCAGAAGCGGCUGCGCAGAAACGGCUGCGCAGAAGCGGCUGCGCAGACGCGGCUGCGCAGAAGCGGCUGCGCAGAAGCGGCUGCGCAGAAGCGGCAGCGCAGAAGCGGCUGCGCAGAAGCGGCUGCGCAGAAGCGGCUGCGCAGAAGCGGCUGCGCAGAAGCGGCUGCGCAGAAGCCGCUGCGCAGAAGCGGCUGCGCAGAAGCGGCUGCGCAGAAGCGGCUGCGCAGAAGCGGCUGCGCAGAAGCGGCUGCGCAGAAGCGGCUGCGCAGAAGCGGCUGCGCAGAAGCGGCUGCGCAGAAGCGGCUGCGCAGAAGCGGCUGCGCAGAAGCGGCUGCGCAGAAACGGCUGCGCAGAAACGGCUGCGCAUAAGCGGCUGCGCAGAGACGGCUGCGCAGAGACGGCUGCGCAGAGACGGCUGCGCAGAGACGGCUGCGCAGAGACGGCUGCGCAGAAACGGCUGCGCAUAAACGGCUGCGCAGGAACGGCUGCGCAGGAACGGCUGCGCAGGAACGGCUGCGCAGGAACGGCUGCGCAGGAACGGCUGCGCAGGAACGGCUGCGCAGGAACGGCUGCGCAGGAACGGCUGCGCAGGAACGGCUGCGCAGGAACGGCUGCGCAGGAACGGCUGCGCAGGAACGGCUGCGCAGGAACGGCUGCGCAGGAACGGCUGCGCAGGAACGGCUGCGCAGGAACGGCUGCUCAGGAACGGCUGCUCAGGAACGGCUGCGCAGGAACGGCUGCGCAGGAACGGCUGCGCAUGAACGGCUGCAAACGGCUGCGACGAAACGGCUGCGCCGAAACGGCUGCGCCGAAACGGCUGCGCCGAAACGGCUGCGCAGAAACGGCUGCGCAGAAACUGCUGCGCCGAAACAGCUGCGCCGAAACAGCUGCGCAGAAACAGCUGCGCAGAAACAGCUGCGCAGAAACAGCUGCGCAGAAACAGCUAGGCAGAAACAGCUGCGCAGAAACAGCUGCGCAGAAACAGCUGCGCAGAAGCAGCUGCGCAGAAACAGCUGCGCAGAAACAGCUGCGCAGAAGCAGCUGCGCAGAAGCAGCUGCGCAGGAACAGCUGCGCAGGAACAGCUGCGCAGGAACACCUGCGCAGGAACGGCUGCGCAGGAACGGCUGCGCAGGAACGGCUGCGCAGGAACGGCUGCGCAGCAACGGCUGCGCAGGAACGGCUGCGCAGGAACGGCUGCGCAGAAACGGCUGCGCAGAAACGGCUGCGCAGAAACGGCUGCGCAGAAACGGCUGCGCAGAAACGGCUGAGCAGAAACGGCUGCGCAGAAGCGGCUGCGCAGAAGCGGCUGCGCAGAAGCGGCUGCGCAGAAGCGGCUGCGCAGAAGCGGCUGCGCAGAAGCGGCUGCGCAGAAGCGGCUGCGCAGAAGCGGCUGCGCAGAUGCGGCAGCGCAGAAGCGGCUGCGCAGAAGCGGCUGCGCAGAAGCGGCUGCGCAGAAGAGGCUGCGCAGAAGCGGCUGCGCAGAAGCGGCUGCGCAGAAGCGGCUGCGCAGAAACGGCUGCGCAGAAACGGCUGCGCAGAAACGGCUGCAAGCGGCUGCGCAGAAGCGGCUGCGCAGAAACGGCUGCGCAGGAACGGCUGCGCAGGAACGGCUGCGCAGGAACGGCUGCGCAGAAACGGCUGCGCAGGAACGGCUGCGCAGGAACGGCUGCGCAGGAACGGCUGCGCAGGAACAGCUGCGCAGGAACAGCUGCGCAGAAACAGCUGCGCAGGAACAGCUGCGCAGGAACAGCUGCGCAGGAACGGCUGCGCAGAAACGGCUGCGCAGAAACGGCUGCGCAGAAACGGCUGCGCCGAAACGGCUGCGCCGAAACGGCUGCGCCGAAACGGCUGCGCCGAAACGGCUGCGCAGAAACGGCUGCGCCGAAACGGCUGCGCCGAAACGGCUGCGCAGAAACGGCUGCGCCGAAACGGCUGCGCCGAAACAGCUGCGCCGAAACAGCUGCGCCGAAACAGCUGCGCCGAAACAGCUGCGCAGGAACAGCUGCGCAGAAACAGCUGCGCAGAAACAGCUGCGCAGAAACAGCUGCGCAGGAACAGCUGCGCAGAAACAGCGGCGCAGAAGCAGCUGCGCAGAAGCAGCUGCGCAGAAGCAGCUGCGCAGAAACAGCUGCGCAGAAGCAGCUGCGCAGAAACAGCUGCGCAGAAGCAGCUGCGCAGAAGCAGCUGCGCAGAAGCAGCUGCGCAGAAGCAGCUGCGCAGAAGCAGCUGCGCAGGAACAGCUGCGCAGAAGCAGCUGCGCAGGAACAGCUGCGCAGAAGCAGCUGCGCAGAAACAGCUGCGCAGGAACAGCUGCGCAGGAACAGCUGCGCAGGAACAGCUGCGCAGAAACAGCUGCGCAGGAACAGCUGCGCAGGAACAGCUGCGCAGAAACAGCUGCGCAGAAGCAGCUGCGCAGAAGCAGCUGCGCAGAAACAGCUGCGCAGAAGCAGCUGCGCAGAAGCAGCUGCGCAGAAGCAGCUGCGCAGAAGCAGCUGCGCAGAAGCAGCUGUGCAGGAAAAGCUGCGCAGGAACAGCUGCGCAGAAGCAGCUGCGCAGGAACAGCUGCGCAGAAGCAGCUGCGCAGAAACAGCUGCGCAGGAACAGCUGCGCAGGAACAGCUGCGCAGGAACAGCUGCGCAGGAACAGCUGCGCAGAAACAGCUGCGCAGGAACAGCUGCGCAGGAACAGCUGCGCAGGAACAGCUGCGCAGGAACAGCUGCGCAGGAACAGCUGCGCAGAAACAGCUGCGCAGAAACAGCUGCGCAGAAACAGCUGCGCAGAAACAGCUGCGCCGAAACAGCUGCGCCGAAACAGCUGCGCCGAAACAGCUGCGCCGAAACAGCUGCGCCGAAACAGCUGCGCAGAAACAGCUGCGCCGAAACAGCUGCGCAGAAACAGCUGCGCAGAAACAGCUGCGCAGAAACAGCUGCGCAGAAACAGCUGCGCAGGAACAGCUGCGCAGCCGUUUAUGCGCAGCCGUUUCUGCGCAGCCGUUUCUGCGCAGCCGUUUCUGCGCAGCCGUUUCUGCGCAGCCGUUUCUGCGCAGCCGUUUCUGCGCAGCCGUUUAUGCGCAGCCGUUUAUGCGCAGCCGUUUAUGCGCAGCCGUUUAUGCGCAGCCGUUUAUGCGCAGCCGUUUAA